CCGGAAGUGCUACAAGCCUAUAAGGUGACAGAGCGGCCCCGCCAGUUGGCUGUAGAGCGGCUGUGACUGGUGAUAGCGGGAGUUCUUGAGAGUCUCUCACUCCAUCUCCCAGGAGCCUCGGGAGCUGCGGGUCCGGCGCCGGGUGGCAAGAGGCGGGUCUCGGAGACCCCAGUACCCCUGCGUUCCACUGUGGUUCGGGGAUGAGAAGACUGAGUCCUACAAAUGUUAAGUGAGUUGCUUAAGGAGCCUCAGAGCAUAAGAAUUGGAGUCCAGGCCACCACUCUGUCAGCCUGCCAGUAGGUAUAAAGGAGUGCUUGAUCAGAAUGGCUAUGGGAUGGUUUUAUCUGUCCGUCUUGGCGCUGUGCUCCCUGGGCUUGAUGUGCAUCCUCUCCACCAUCUAUUGGAUAUCGUACUGGCAAGGUGGCUUCGCCUGGGAUGGUACCAUCCUCAUGUUCAACUGGCACCCGGUGCUCAUGGUUACGGGCAUGGUGGUGGUCUACAGUGCUGCAUCACUGGUCUACCGCCUGCCCCAGUCAUGGGUAGGGCCCAAGCUGCCCUGGAAAUUCGGCCACGCAGCCAUGCACCUGCUGGCCUUCAUCCUGACUGUACUGGGGCUGCAUGCCGUCUUUGACUUUCACAGCCGUAGAAAGAUCCCCAAUCUCUACUCCCUGCACAGCUGGCUGGGCAUCACCACCGUCUUCCUCUUCACCUGUCAGUGGUUCUUGGGCUUUGCAGUCUUCCUGCUGCCCUGGGCGUCCGUGCGGCUGCGCAGCCUCCUUAAACCCAUCCACGUCUUCUUUGGAGCUUCCAUCCUCUCUCUGGCCAUUGCAUCUGUCAUUUCCGGCAUUAAUGAGAAGCUUUUCUCCAGUCUGAGAAACGGCACCAACUCAUACUCCAGGCUGCCCAGUGAGGCUGUCUUUGCCAACUGCUCUGGGAUGCUGGUGGUGGUCUUCGGGCUGCUGGUGCUCUAUAUCCUGCUGGCUUCGUCUUGGAAACGCCCAGAGCUGGGGAUGCAGGCCGAAAGACAGGCCCUGUUGCACGGCGGGGAGUGAGGCAGGAAGGCGCUGCCAGGAGUGGUUGGUGGUGCGGUCUGGACUCCUUCAGAAGCUCUGCUCUCCGCGGGGCUCUCGUCCAGUCUCCCCUCGUCUCUGUGGUGGACCUGCUCUCUCUACAGCUUGCUGCCCACAUGCUUUCCUUGGUGGCUUUGGCUUCUCCACCUCUUCCUGGCAUUGACUUCUCAGGUCGUUCGUUUACCCCAGGCCCUCCUUGCCCUGGCUGCUCACGCCGCUCCUGCUCGCGUGAAGUCAGGCUCAUUUCCCCUCACACCCCUAGGGAUGUGGCAGAGAACCCCGAGAGCUCAGAUGACCUGGGAAUCAAGUGCAGUCCGUACCGUGAAAAGUGAGGGAGCCGAUGCUUCCUCAGCUUUCCCUUGAAGUUUAGGCCGCUGCGCCGGGCCAGGCUUCAUCUGCUCUGUUACCUCCAUCCAGCCCAUCUGGACACGAGGCUGGGCGGGAACACGGUGACGCGAUGGAAGGACAGGGGAGAAUGGCAGAGCUGCUUCUGCAGAGGAGAAGCUGAGGAGCUGGCUGCCCAUUGCUGUUGUUUCCCGUUGCUGCAUUCUGUUUCUGCGUGCGUUGUAUGUGCCCUUCUAGCUGCUGCUGCAACUGGGGCCUGGAUCCCAGCCCUUCCCUAUGACUGAUGUGCUGUCGGACAGCCUUAUGAGCCCUGGUAACCUGCUCUCCCAAGAACAGCCUGUCCCACGGAGGAGUAGCAGGGGUGCCUCGAGCCUCCUUUCCUUUCCCUCAUCGGGUCCAGGCUUGCCUGCCUGUCCCCGGGCAGGUUGAACCUUGCUCUCUCGGCAGGGCACUUGCUCAGCUAUUUUCACUCUCCAGCUUGCCAUGAAACAUGCCAGAGUCAUGGUGCAUUGUACCCAGCAGAGCCCUGGGAGCUAGGCCACCUCCAGAGGCGUUCCUCACUGAGCGUCCAAGUGCCUCACUUGCCCCCACGAUAGCUACGUGCGUGGCACACCCAGUCUCGGGUGUGAUGCCAGAAUGUGCCGCCACUCUUCCAACGAGACUGUGGUGGCGUCUUGCUCCUCUCCUAAGUGUUGGCACUGCCCUCUCCAAACAGGCCCUGCCAGGUCCCAGGCUCCAUACUGCUGUGCUUAGGUGACGAGCAGCAUGACGACACCUGGGGUCCCGAGUGGGCCUUACCCCCUGGCAGGGGCCAUGAGGCUGACUGUCCACCCCACCCCACGUGGCCAGAUGCUGGCAGGAGGACCAUGACAGAACUUCUCAAGUGGCUGAAGCCCUCAGAAGCCACUGGGAUGACUGCCGGGCACCUUGGUCAUAGGACCAGCUCCCCCUCUUUGCACAUGGGUAGGCAUUUCACUUAUGAAGCUUGAUUUUCAUUAAAUGUGUUUUCAAGA